UUCUUUCUACACCGGACCGUCUGAUUCGCCUGCGGCCAUCAAUGACAUUGCAGGCGGAGUCCUCAGCGCUUCGGCUUGUUUUCGGGAUCUUAUCGCCAAGGCGGUCUUCGACGACUAUGACGGUUUUCUUAUCAGCUGCUUUUCUAAUCAUCCACUGAUCUCAAUGCUACGCGGGGCGACUUCUAAGCCAGUCGUCGGAAUAUUAGAGGCUUCUGUCGCGCAGUCACUGCUUUGCGGACAGAGGUUUGGCAUCUUAUCGACAGGAUCGGGUUACAGGUACGAUCGAUACGACGAGAUUCGCGCCUUCAUGGGUGGCAGCUCGGAGAAAUUUGCGGGGUUGGUACCGAGCGGACUCGGGGUUGUAGAGCUCCGGGAGGGAGAUCGAGCCAAAGUGGAAGCAAACAUGAAGCAAGCCGCUCGAAAGUUAGCAGGAUUGGGAUGCGACGUCAUAAUCCUCGGUUGUGCCGGGAUGGCAGGCAUGGAGGAGCUAGUGAGAAGCGGAGUAAAGGAAGCGGAGCUCGGCAAUGUGAAGGUCGUGGACGGUAACAAGAGUGGGAUCGAAUUUGUGGCGGCAUUGUCGAAAAUGGCGGAGAUGGAUGUUUUUGCGGCUAUGGGAAUCGCUGGCUUUGGAAAAGCUGCGCCCAAAAAACAGCUGGACCCUGCCCGAUUUGACGCUAACAAGCGGGGAGCCGCCACCAAGUCUGUUCAACCUGCGGUAGAGCCUUCUCACGCGGGUCCAUCGGGUUCUACAAGCCCCGACGAGCCAAACGGAGACAGGGAGGGGUCGGCUCCAGCAGAGCCAGAGUUCGAUCCCGACGACGAUGCAGACCUCGACGCCUUUCCUAUAACUCACGAGCUUAUUCUCAAAGACCAUAGCAAAGUCGUAUCCGCGCUGAGUCUGGACCCCUCCGGUGCUCGCGUUCUCUCAGGAUCCCACGAUUACGACUGCAAGCUGUGGGACUUUGGGGGCAUGGAUCAUCGCUGUAAGCCUUUCAAGAGCUGGGAACCAGCGGGGUCUUAUUAUGUACCAAUCAACGACCUGAAAUACUCCAAUGACGGCCAGAAGUUUCUCGUUAUAACCGGCACCACCCAAGCGCGACUAUAUAAUCGAGAUGGAGAAGACGAGGUAGCAUUUAUCAAGGGCGAUCCUUACAUCCGCGACAUGAAACAUACAUCAGGCCAUGUCAGUGAACUGUCAGGCUGCAUGUGGCAUCCCAAGGAUCCCAAAGUUUUCAUUACCUCGUCCUCUGAUUCCACAAUACGGAUAUGGGAUGUCGAGAACAAACGCAAACAAAAGUCGGUGAUCGUGGUCAAGUCGAAGGAGCGAGGCGCACGCACGAAGGUUACCACCUGUGCUUAUUCUCCCGAUGGGAAUAUGAUCGGGGGUGGAUGCUUGGACGGUGCACUGCAUCUCUGGCAAGCUAACUCGAACUUUGGCGGGGAUGAUACCGUCAAGUUAUGGGAUCUUCGAGCAUUCAAGAAGCCUCUUGCGACGAAAACCAAUCUUCCUACGCUGUAUCCACAUGCCAAUGCUGUGUUCAGUCCUGAUGACAAGUACGUUGUUACUGGGGCCGGUCUACCAGCAAAAGGUAACAAAGGCGAGCUCGUUUUCCUGUCCAAGAACGGGCUGGAACUGGUCAAGUCGGUUGAGAUGGAUUCCACGCCUGUGAAGGUACUAUGGCAUUCGAAGAUCAAUCAGAUCGUUACCGGCCUUGCGAAUGGGGAGAUCAGCGUUUUGUAUUCGCCCUUCACCUCCCUGAACGGGGCCAAACUGCUUGCAAACAAGGGUCCACCUCGGAAGAGGACAAUCGAAGACCUGUCAGAUGCAUUGGCGGCGCCUGUGAUCCAGAUACCCGGAGAGUCGACAUCGUUCAAGGAGGGUGACGGACUCAUCAGAACCAACAAACGCAAACGUGACAACGAUCGACUGGAUCCCAGAAAAGCACGGAGACCGGAACUGCCUGUCAGCGGUCCUGGGCGCGGUGGACGAGUCGGAGCGAGUGCUACCCAGCAUGUGGUGCAAAAUCUUGUUCGCGAUACAACACGUGACGAAGACCCUCGAGAGGCAUUGCUCAAAUACGCCCACACUGAAUCGAACCCUCAAUGGACUGCUGAAGCUGCCCCGCAGCAUGCAUCGUGCACUGAGCGAGGCCUAGUUUGGGUGGUCGUUGUCAACGGCGACGUCGCCGACAGCAUUCUACUAAUCCUCAAUGGGCAUCAUCAGGAGCCAGAACUACUUAAGGCGUCUUCCCUUUUCUUGAUUCCCCUUUUCCUGUCCCCCAAACUCACAGACUCGAAUCCUUCCGGUCCCCACUCAGGUCACGUGCCUACAACCCUGUUCGCCGCCAUGGACGCGUCUGUUGCUCUCUCUGAAAAUGUCAAUGGUGACCAUGUCAUGUCCAACGGCGUCCAUGAUGUCUCCCACGUCGCCAACGGUGUUUACGCAGACACAAUUGCAGAUUUAAAGGCUACCGUCGCGUCAGAGAGCAUGAUUGACAUCGAUGAGGUUAAGGAGGAGAGCGACGCGCUGCGUGAGCUUAACGGCGACACUGUCGCCCCGCCAAAUGGCCUGAAUGGAACGCACGUCGAUGUGUCUAUGGGCGACCCCGACGUCGAGUCCUCGCAAAUUGCUUCCCCCGCCGGCUUGCCACCCGCCUCUUCCAAUGGCGCGUCGACAUCGCAUGCCUCCCCCGUGGACCUCGAUGAAGAUCAACCCCCACCUGCAAAGCGGGCGAGAAUUCUUUCGGACGCGGACCAAGCUUCAUUUACUCAUUCCGUGACACCUCCACCACUUUCUGCUGUCUCCAACGGCACAACCGUACCCCCCCUAUCCGCCCGCGCUACCCUCGACCUGGGUCAAUGGCGUUUCUGCAUGUCAACAAUCCGCAGCUUGAAGAAGCAAAAAGACGCUCCCCCAUUCAUCCACCCCGUCGACCACGUCAUGCUUCAAAUCCCCCAUUACCCUUCUAUCGUCCGCAAUCCCAUGGAUCUUUCCACCGUCGAGCGCAAACUUGCCUCAUCCAACCCGUCCAAGCCUGAUCCAAACCCGGAGAAUCCCCGCUACGUGUCUGCGGACGACUUCAUCGCCGACGUGAGACUGGUCGUGAAGAACUGUCUUCUUUUUAACGGGGCGGACCACCCUAUCAGCCAGAUGGCGCAGCGUCUGGAGGAAGUGUUCGAUAAGCAGAUCAAAAACCUUCCGUCGCCGUCUGAGCCUAAGCCUGUUAUCGUCAAGAAGGUCUCGACACCGCCCCCCGUUGCUGCGCCUGUCAAGAAAGCGCAACCACCUCGACGUGCGUCCACGUCGAUGCCCGUUAUUCGCCGCUCAGACGCAGCAGAGCCCGUCGGUCGACCGAAGCGGGAGAUCCAUCCACCCGCUCCGAAAGAUCUCGCUUACGCCGAUGUACCCAAGAAGCGCAAAACUCGUCGCGUCAAGGACGACGGGACGGCCGAACAACUCAAGUUCUGUGCCAAUUUGCUCACCAUGAUGCACCGCAAGCAAUACUACGAAAUUGCUAGUCCAUUCUACGAGCCAGUCGACCACAUCAAGUUGGAUAUUCCCAACUAUCCGAAAAUCAUCAAGAAACCAAUGGACUUGUCAACGAUGCGUAAAAAGCUCGAUAACGACGAAUAUCCGAAUGCCCAGAAGUUCGGCGAAGAUUUCAAGCUCAUGAUCCGAAACUGCUUCGCCUUCAACCCGUCCGGAACGGUCGUGAACCAGGCGGGAAUCGACCUGCAGCGCCUGUUCGAUGAAAAGUGGCAGAACUUGCCUCCGCUGCAUGAAAUCAGUGAGGAUGAUGAUGAGGAUGAUGAGGACAGUGAGGACGAGGAUGUCCAACGUACUUCUUUCUUGAGCAAGUCCUUGGGGUCUACUGAUUCGAUUUCAGGAAUCGCAGAUAUGGAGAGCCAAAUUCAGCAGAUUCAGGGCAACAUUCAAGCGUUGAAGGGCAAACCCAAAGACAAGAAGAAGAAACCUCAGCGACUGGAGAAGCCGGUUGCGGCUUCCUCCUCCAAGGGCAGCACCAGCAAGCUGGCGGCGUCCAAGCCUGUUCCACCGAAGAAAAAGGGGAAGAAGCCAGUCGCGGAGAACGACGCACUCACGUUUGAGCAAAAGAAGGACCUGAGCGAAGCGAUUGCGACGUUGGACGGGGCAAAGCUUGAGAAAGUGGUCAAGAUCAUUCACGAAGGUGUGCCUGAAAUCAAGGACAGCACUGAGGAGAUUGAGCUCGAAAUCGAUCUGCUACCGACUGCGGUGCUGACGAAACUGUACAACUUUGUCAUCCGUCCACUUCGAGCGCCAGCGACCAAGCGCAACCGCACCGGCAAGGGAACGGGAACUGGUGGGUUGAAACGCAAGAGCAUGGAUGAAGAUCUGGCGAGCGAGAAGAUCAAGAUGCUUGAGACCCGGAUGGCACUCUUCGAGCCAGGUGGCGGUGCCACGCCCAGCGGCUUGCACGGUAGCGAGCAUUCAUCUGAUUCCAGCGACGGUUCGGACUCUUCGGGGAGUGAUUCGGAAUAAAGCGUGUGCCGGCAGCUUUUUGUCAUGUAGUCUUUGCCGAUUUCUUGCGACAGACCGCAGCAGUAUGAUACGAUAACUUCACAUAACCCAAUCGACCAUUGUAGCUAAAAUAGUGCUGAACCUUCCUAUACAACUAUCGCCGUUUCUUCUGAAAGUUCUGCCAGCCCUGGCGCGCCGCGUGAGCUUUGCCUG